GUGUGUGUGUGUGUGUGUGUGUGUCCUUGUCUGAUGUCGGUGUCCCUGACGACUGCUUUCCAGUCCCGGUUCUGCCACUUCCCUGCUGUGUGCCACUGGGCAGGUGACUGCCCCUCUCUGUGCCUCAGUUUCCACCCACCGCCCCGUACAUUGGGCAUGAUGAAAGUACCUGUCUGCGGGGGAGGGGGGAAUGUGAGGAUUGAAAGGUAAAACUGUAAGACGCCAAGAACGCCUGGCGCAGAGUAAAUCCUGCUAAGAAUAAAUAAACGAAAUAAACUACGCUUAUGCAUUUUUUUGUGCCCUUUGUGUUGAUGUGUGUGAUGCGAGGCUGUGUGGCGUAAGGCGUCUUCGUAACAGGGUGUGUGUUCAUUUGUGCUGCUUAGUGUGCCUUUGUAUUUGAUAUGCGUGCCUGUGUGUUGUGUGUGUGGCUAUACGUGUGCACGUUUGUAUCCGUACCACGUAUAAUUGUGGGGGGGGGUGUUGCACGAUCUGUGUAGCUUUGCAUGUAUAAGCCAUGUUUCUAUGUGCAUCUGUGUAUGUGAUAAAGUGUGCGGGAGCAACAUGCAUAUCAUGUGCCCGUAGCAUGCACGUGUUGUUUCUGGGUGUUCAUGUAUGUGACCAGCCUCUUGCAUGUGACUGCCAUCUGUGGUCCCUUGACAAGUGUAUCUGCGUGUUUCUGAGCAAGGGGUGAUGUGCGUGUCUGUGGGGUUCUUUGUUGCCCAUGCUUGUGGAAUGCCUGCUUGCGGCAGUGUGCCUCACCAUGUCCCUGUGGGAUCUGCGUGGAUCUUUGUGGCACCUGGCUCUGUGUCUGGGGCUCUGCGCUGUGCGUGACGGGUGUGGGUCUUUGUGAUGCUUGGAAGCUCCAGAGUGGCCCGAUGCCUCUGUGCUGGGCCGGGGACUGGCCUGCCUGUGUGUUUCCAGUGCGGUCUAUCUCCAAGUCUUUUGUGUGUGACGUGUUCGUGUCCCCGUCUGCUGGUGGCUGUCCACCUUUGUAUGUGAUGCGCUUGUCUGUGAGGGUCCUUGCGACAUUUGUCAGCUGUGUGUAGGCUGCGUGAGCUUGACACCUGCAUCUUAGAGUGUAGUACAUGUGUGGUCACUGGUGGCAUGUCACAGAGGAUCAGGGCCCGGUACUGUGGACCCUGCCUCCCCCCCACCCCAACUGGUCCCUGUCUGUCCCUCCUCCCCCUCCCUAUUCCUUUCCCCUCCCUUCUGGCAACCAAUGCCACCGGGAGCUAGUUACCAUGACAACCCUCCAUCCUCCCUCCUCCCACCUUUCCUCUGACAGGCUCUCUGCCUCCCCAAUCCCGGCUGUCCUCGGGGGCGGGGCCCUCGUUCUCACCCCCCCAUCCUACCCUCCCCCCCCACCCCAGCAACCCGGGCUCCCCAGCUCCUCUCCUCCGUCCGCCUCUCCAUCCCUUCAUCUGUCUGUCCCUUCACGGAGGGGGAGGGGGGCACCUGAGACACCGCCGCCACCUCCAUCUCCCUUCCAUCCUGGACAAGAUGCCUGCACCCGGAGCUCUCAUCCUCCUGGCGGCUGCCUCCGCCUCCGGCUGCCUGGCGUCCCCGGCGCACCCCGAUGGAUUCGCUCUGGGUCGGGCUCCUCUGGCUCCACCCUAUGCCGUGGUCCUCAUUUCCUGUUCUGGCCUGCUGGCCUUCAUCUUCCUCCUCCUCACCUGUCUGUGUUGCAAGCGGGGUGAUGUUGGUUUCAAGGAGUUUGAGAACCCUGAAGGGGAGGACUGCUCUGGGGAGUACACUCCCCCAGCAGAGGAGACUUCCUCCUCACAAUCACUGCCGGAUGUCUACAUCCUCCCUCUGGCCGAGGUCUCCCUGCCAAUGCCUGCCCCACAACCUGCACAUUCAGACAUGACCACCCCUCUGGGCCUGAGCCGCCAGCACCUCAGCUACCUGCAAGAGAUAGGGAGCGGUUGGUUUGGGAAGGUGAUCCUGGGGGAGGUAUUCUCCGACUACUCGCCUGCCCAGGUGGUGGUGAAGGAGCUCAGAGCCAGUGCCGGGCCCCUGGAACAGCGCAAGUUCAUCUCAGAAGCUCAGCCCUAUAGGAGCCUGCAGCAUCCCAAUGUCCUCCAGUGCCUGGGUGUCUGUGUGGAGACACUGCCCUUCCUGCUUGUCAUGGAGUUCUGUCAGUUGGGUGACCUAAAGCGGUAUCUCCGGGCCCAGCGCCCUCCUGAAGGCAUGUCCCCUGAACUGCCCCCUCGAGACCUGCGGACACUGCAGAGGAUGGGCCUGGAGAUUGCCCGGGGACUGGCGCAUCUGCACUCCCACAACUAUGUGCACAGCGAUCUGGCGCUGCGCAAUUGCCUUCUGACCUCUGAUCUGACCGUGCGCAUCGGGGACUACGGGCUGGCUCACAGCAACUACAAGGAGGACUACUACCUGACACCUGAGCGCCUGUGGGUGCCGCUGCGCUGGGCAGCACCCGAGCUCCUGGGCGAGCUCCAUGGUAGCUUCGUGCUGGUAGACCAGAGCCGUGAGAGCAACGUGUGGUCGCUAGGGGUCACCCUCUGGGAGCUGUUUGAGUUCGGGGCACAGCCCUACCGCCAUCUGUCGGACGAGGAGGUCCUCGCCUUCGUGGUCCGCCAGCAGCACGUCAAGCUGGCCAGGCCCAGGCUCAAGCUGCCCUAUGCCGACUACUGGUAUGACAUCCUGCAGUCCUGCUGGCGGCCACCAGCCCAGCGACCUUCAGCCUCUGACCUCCAGAUGCAACUCACCUACCUGCUCUCUGAGCGGCCACCCAGACCUCCCCCACCCCCACCCCCACCCCGAGAUGGGCCCUUCCCCUGGCCCUGGCCUCCCUCCCACAGUGCACCCCGCCCAGGGACCCUGUCCUCCCAGUUCCCCCUCUUAGAUGGCUUCCCAGGGGCUGACCCCGAUGAUGUGCUCACAGUCACCGAGAGCAGUGGUGGCCUCAACCUUGAGUGCUUGUGGGAGAAGGCGCGGAGAGGGGCUGGCAGGGGAGGGGGUGCAGCUCCCUGGCAGCCAGCAUCGGCACCCCCAGCGCCCCAUGCUAACCCAUCCAACCCCUUCUAUGAGGCACUGUCCACACCUAGCGUGCUGCCUGUCAUCAGUGCCCACAGUCCCUCUGUGAGCAGCGAGUACUACAUCCGCCUAGAGGAGCAUGGCUCCCCACCGGAGCCCCUUUUCCCCAACGACUGGGACCCCCUGGACCCAGGCGUGCCUGGCACCCAGGCCCAGCAGGCCCCUUCCGAGGUCCCCCAGCUGGUAUCCGAGACCUGGGCCUCCCCCCUCUUCCCAGCGCCCCGGUCCUUCCCAGGUCAGUCCUCAGCCUCAGGUGGCUUCCUGCUGAGCGGCUGGGACCCCGAGGGCCGGGGCGCCGGGGAGACCCUGGCAGGGGACCCUGCCGAGGUGCUGGGGGAACGGGGCACCGUGCCUUGGGCCGAGGACGAGGAGGAGGAAGAGAGCUCCCCAGGCGAGGACAGCAGCAGCCUUGGUGGAGGGCCCGGCCGCAGGGGACCCCUGCCCUGUCCCCUGUGCAGCCGCGAGGGACCUUGUUCCUGCCGGCCGCUGGACCGGGGGGAUGCAGUGGCCGGCUGGGGGGGGCACCCUGCCCUUGGAUGUCCCCACCCCCCAGAAGACGACUCAUCCUUACGCGCAGAGCGGGGUUCCCUGGCCGACGUGCCCCUGGUCCCCCCCACCUCAGCUCCCUCCGAGUUUUUGGACCCCCUUAUGGGAGCCGCAGCGCCCCAGUACCCCGGGCGGGGACCACCUCCCGCUCCCCCCCCUCCACCGCCGCCUCCCCGGGCCCCCGCGGAACCGGCCGCGUCCCCCGACCCCCCGUCGGCCCUGGCCAGUCCAGGUUCCGGUCUGUCGUCUCCGGGCCCCAAGCCGGGGGACAGCGGUUACGAGACAGAGACCCCUUUUUCCCCCGAGGGAGCCUUCCCAGGUGGGGGGGCAGCCGAAGAGGAAGGGGUCCCUCGGCCACGGGCUCCCCCCGAGCCACCCGACCCAGGAGCGCCCCGGCCACCCCCAGACCCGGGUCCCCUCACACACUCAGGGACCCGGGAGAAGCCGACCUUCGUAGUUCAAGUGAGCACCGAGCAGCUGCUGAUGUCUCUACGGGAGGAUGUGACAAGGAACCUCCUAGGGGACAAGGGGGUGGCCUCCCGGGAGACAGGAUCCAGGAAGGUGGGGAGAGCCCCCGGGAGCCGAGAGAAGGCCCCAGGCCUGAACAGGGACCUGACAGCACUGGGCUGCGGGAAGAAAGCCCCCAGCCGGAACCUCCCCGAGAACGGGGUGACAGUGUUGGAGAACGGGGGACAGACAGCCCCAGACAUGAAGGAGACCGCAAUGGAGAAUGGGGGCCUGGAAUCCCCCGAGAGAGGAGAGAGAGCUCUGGAGAAUGGGGAGGUGACACCCCCAAGGAGGAUCGAGAAAGCCCUAGAGAAUGGGGUGCCGAUGUCCCCAGAGGCCGGGGAGAAGGAGCUGGCCAAUGGACUGAUGGCCCCAAACAGUGCGGUGACAGCAGUAGAGAAUGGGGGCCUGAGACUCCCCAGGAACAUGGAGAGGCCACCAGAGACUGGGCCUUGGAGAGCCCAAGGGCCCUGGGAGAAGAUUCGCGAGACUGGGGGUCCAGCCCCCGAGACCCCACCGGAGAGAGCCCCCGAAUUCGGCGAGGUGGCCCUGCCCCAGAACGGCUUGGAGAUGGCCCCUGGCCAGCAUGGCCCAGUCCCCAGGAGCGGGACUCCGGAAACCGAGAUGGAGAGGAGAGCCCACGAGACUGGGGGGGCACUGAAAGCCCCCGGGGCUGGGAAGCUGGACCUCGGGAAUGGGGGCCGAGUCCUGGGGGUCGUGGGGACGGCCCCUGGCGGCGGCCCCGGAAGCGGCGUGGACGAAAAGGUCGGAUGGGUAGACAGCACGAGGCCACCGCCGCCACUGCCACCGCCACCACCACCACUGGAGUCCCAGCCGAGCAGGCUGGAGCCAGCGCCCCUGAGAGCCAGGCCGGAGGUACCCCGCGAGGGAGAGCCCGGGGUCCCAGACAGCAGACCCGGCGGAGACAUGGCCCCCAGCGGAGACGGGGACCCCCCCAAGCCCGAGAAGAAGGGCCCCGAGAUGCCACGGCUGUUCUUGGACUUGGGACCCCCUCAGGGGAACAGCGAGCAGAUCAAAGCCAAGCUCUCGCGGCUCUCGCUGGCACUCCCGCCGCUCACGCUCACGCCGUUCCCGGGUCCGGGCCCGCGGCGGCCUCCGUGGGAGGGCGCGGACGCCGGGGCGGCUGGCGGGGAGGCCGGCGGGGCGGGGGCACCGGGGCCGGCGGAGGAGGACGGGGAGGACGAGGAGGACGAGGAGGAGGACGAGGAGGCGGGCCCGCGGGGCCCCGGGAGGACGCGGGCAGCCCCGGUGCCCGUGGUGGUGAGCGCAGACGCGGACGCGGCCCGCCCGCUGCGGGGGCUGCUCAAGUCUCCACGCGUGGCCGACGAGCCCGAGGACAGCGAGCUGGAGAGGAAGCGCAAGAUGGUCUCCUUCCACGGGGACGUGACCGUCUACCUCUUCGACCAGGAGACGCCAACCAACGAGCUGAGCGUCCAGGGCCCCUCCGAGGGGGACACGGACCCGUCAACGCCCCCAGCGCCCCCGACGCCUCCCCACCCCGCCAUCCCCCCCGGAGAUGGGUUUCCCAGCAACGACAGCGGCUUUGGAGGCAGUUUCGAGUGGGCGGAGGAUUUCCCCCUCCUCCCCCCGCCCGGGCCCCCCCUGUGCUUCUCCCGCUUCUCCGUCUCGCCUGCGCUGGAGACCCCGGGGCCUCCCUCCCGGGUCCCAGACGCCCGGUCCGCAGGCCCCGUGGAGAACUGAAUCCCCAAAGACCUGUCCCCCCUGCGCCCCCAGAAGAGGGGUUACGAGCAGAAUCCUGUGUGGACGAUGGAGCCACUGCCACCGACGCCGACGCCGCCUCCGGGGAGGCCCCUGAACCUGGGCCUUCUCCCUCCCCUUCCCCCACCAUGUGCCAAAUGGGAGGCCCUGGACCCCCACCCCCCACCCCACCAGAUGGGUCCCCUGACCCCCCCGACCCCCUUGGAGCCUCAUGAGAUGGGAUGGCCCUUGCCUUCCAUGGACAGCCCCCUUCUUGGAACUGAACUGAACUUUGGGGCCUGGAGCCCCUUGGCACAGCGGAGGCCCCUCCUCAUCCACUCCUGGCCCCAUGUGGGCUAUUGGCUUUGGGGACCUGGACCCCCAUCUCGCGUCUCCCCGUCCCUUCUCAGCCCAGCCCCUGGAGGGGCCUCUAGUUCAAACCUUCGCGUGGCAUUUUCACAUUAUUUAAAAAAGACAAAAACAACUUUUUGGAGGAAA